AUGAGCAAUGUGUAAUAUUGUUAUUUUUCGUAAUGAGUGAACGACGGGACGAGAUGAGUGUUGGGGCUACGACGCUGCGGCUCAUGGAGGGGGAGGUGAAAAAGGCGCUGUUGGGGGUCCUGGAGCGUGUGUCAGCAGCUAGCAAGGCCAGGACUCCAGAAUUGGCUGCAUUAUGCCCUAGGCCACGUCUGGUAGCUGUGAGCAAGACGAAGCCCAAAGAAAUGAUCCUGGAGGCCUACACUGCUGGACAGAGACACUUUGGGGAGAACUAUGUACAGGAGCUUGUAGACAAAGCCAAUGACCAGCAGUUACUGGCAGAGUGUCCUGAAAUUAAAUGGCACAUGAUUGGUCAUCUUCAAAGCAAUAAAGUGAAAAAAGUUGUUGAAAUUCCAGGCCUGUAUUGCAUUGAGACAGUGGACAGUAUUAAGUUGGCAUCAGCCAUCAAUAAUGCUGUUAAGAAGACUGAAAAUGAAGGAAAACUGAAGGUCUUUGUGCAAAUCAACACUAGUGAUGAAGAGAACAAAAGUGGUGUUCACCCAGAUGAGGCAGCAGGAUUGGUACGCCACAUACAGGAGAGUUGUUCCCACCUGGCAUUAGCAGGCAUCAUGACCAUUGGGGCCUUUGAUCAUGACCUCUCCAUUGGACCAAACCCUGACUUCCAGAGACUGCUGAAGUGUAAAGCUAGAAUUUGUGAAGAAUGUUGUAUGGAACCCAAGGAUGUGGAAUUAUCAAUGGGAAUGUCUAAUGACUUUGAACAUGCAAUUCUUGUUGGAAGCACAAAUGUUAGAGUUGGGAGCACAAUUUUUGGGACAAGAAAUAUGAAGAAAUAACAGAUUCAGAUUGUAGAGUGUGAGCACUUUAUAUCAGGAAAAUCUGAAUAAUGAUAUGCUUAUGUUGGUCAUCCUGAAUUAAAAUAGAAAGAAAUUGCAUUUUUCCUUAAUUGAUAAUGAGAAUCUCAGCAGAAAAUCUGGCUUGAAGUUCUCCUUUUCUUAAUGUGUUAUUAUUUUCAUGGCAUUUUACAACACAAACAAAUGUUAAUAAAUUAGUUUUGGAAGGUAUAUUGCAUGAAGCAUGUUGCUGACAGGUUUAAGAACACUGGUGCUGAUUCAGAGAUAGUAAAUAAGCUUCAACAUAUACCAUGAGUCAUAGUUUAAUGCAUAUUUAUGUUCAUGAAAUCAAUAAUGUUAAGCAAUAAAGGCCAAUUAAGCAAU